CGGCGCGGGAGGGCUGAGCGAUGGAGUCAGCGAUGGCAACAUUUUGCACGAAGAGCACCCUGAUAAACCUCGCAAUCGCCGACAUAUGACACAGUUGUAUGCGCCUAAGAAGUGUGGCUUCACACAACUUUCAACUUAAUAGGACACUCUCGUCUUGUCUUUGCUUCUUAUCCUGACCGAAGCAAACUUAAGAAAAGAUGGCGGCUGUUGCGAGUAUGAACGGCGAAGGUGGGUUGUGGUUGCCUGAUUCACGUGGCGCCACCAAGGAGGAGAAGAUCGAAAAAUGGUGGGAAGUGAACAGGAAACAUGAUCCACCGCUCACUCGAGGAGCAACUCCACUUGUAGAACGUUGCAUGCGAGUUCAUGGAAUGAGCGAGAUGUUCGCAAAGCGGGUCCUGAAAGGAUACAGGCAAUUUAUGGAACUCAAGUCGGUCAUGAAUGAUUGGCAAGGCCAAAAGCUGUCGCCUCCCAUCCCUAUUAGUCAAAUGUGGGAGCAGCAUCUGAUUGAUAACCUUAACUACACCGAUGAUUGCUUCCUCUUGUUCGGACGUGUCAUCGGGCAUGACCCCGAUGCUGUUCUUGACAUCCGAUCAACCAGAGACCGCAUCAAUACCACCAAGAUUGCUUUCCAAGCGCGUUACGGUGAUGACUUGGAUCCUGAAGUUUGGAUCUACGGUCUGGAAGAAGUCGACCGUGUGAUCAUUGAUGAGCCCCAAGGGGGCGGCGGUAUCGGUGUCGGUGGGCACCUUGGUCGCGGACGUCUUCCGGUGGCCGGUAUCGCCCUGAGCGCUGUCCAGGGCAUGCGUGAUACUCUUCGCGACGAGCCGAUCCAGACACCCCACCAAACACACCAUCACCACCAGCCGCCUCCGAUGCAGCAAAUGCAUCAUCAGCAGCAGCACAUGCACCAGCAGCAGCAGCAUAUUCAGCAACAGCAGCAAAUGCAGCAACAGCCAAUGCAGCAACAAACGCUGUCCCCGCGAGGGCGUUCUUUGGUGGUCUCAUCUGAGGAUGACGAGAGCCCCAUCAUGGAUCGCCAAGGACGUACCAAGAUGGCUAGCACCCAAGGUCCCGCCUCGCCUCGUAACCGCGCCUCUUCCAAGACGCCGCCCAAGUCACCAACCGGAAACGACCCCAUCACCAUCUUCCUCCGCGACCAGUCCACCGGCGAGGAAACGUACUUCAGUCUUCGAUACCGAAGUACGCUACGCAUUGUGUUCACAGUCUUUGCCGAACGCAAGGGUCUGAGCCAAGAUUCGCUGAAGUUCAGUUUCAAUGGCCAGUCUUUGACUGGAUACGAGACUCCAUACAGCUUGGGAUUGGAAGACAGGGCUCGCAUCGAUGUGUCCAUUGGAUCACGAAGGAAUUAAACCCCUUCAGACCACGACAUCAAGGGCUACUACUCUACUAGCUUGAUCAGCCAACAACCACAAACACCAUACCACCCCCCGCGAUCAUGGCCGUGAUUAUGAUGAUUCAUGGACAAGAACAAAAACCACACCCGGGAUACGAUGAUGAAAAUAGCCAAAUGGUUGGCCUCUCAUCGUUCCCUUCUAACCUACUUUGUACCGUAUACUGCUCGUUAAACCACCACUCUGCUUCAUAGGUCGGUCCACGUUUCCACUUGCGCAUUUUGAAAUUCGGAGGUCGGGAGAUUGUGGGGCAACCUAACAAAGGAGAACGCAUCAAUUUAAUAGUUACAUAUUAUUAAGAGAAAAAAGUUUG